AUGGUGCAAGCCAUUGAAGAGGCUUUGCCAAACUGCGGUGAUCAGGAUCAGAUAAGGCUCAGACUCUUCAAAAUUGUUCUUGGCUUCCUACCAGCUUCGGGAGAAUCACUGGAAGUUGCGCGAGGCUUCUUCCGAGUGGCACCCCUUGUUCACAUUGGAGAUGGUUCCAUCACUUCGCGUGGUGAGCUCAUCCCAGAAAUCACCGCGUGCAAGAACCUACCGCCAUCCGGAGAUGAGGAAUCAGAGAGUGCUGACCUGGGCACGAAGUGGAUCACUUUUCGCAGGAAAGUCAUUCUUGAGGAGCCGACUUUAUCCAUCUGUGCGAUGAUCCAGCACUCACAAAUACCGUGUCCGUCCAAGCUGCGAAAGAAAGUAGUAUGCGUUCUGCGGAAGGCACAGGAGGAUUUUGAUUUCAACAUCGCCAACAACCCCUUGCGGGCUCUGAUGACUCCCAAGGCAGGCGGAACUUCCAUCAUCAGAUCCAUACACGGCGAUGAAGACGAAUACGAGGAGAUGAUGAAGUACCUAGUGACACUGCAGCAAAUGCUGACACUAGUCAAUGACCCUGACGAUCUCGAGCCCUUGCUAGGCUGUGGCUACCCCAACAGUGAUGCCGUUCAUGAUGCUGGUGUGGCUGCAGUACGGAAGCUCCAGGAAAGGGGUGUUCCAGAAAGGAGGGCCCAGAGGAUCCUGAAUAAGGCAGACGCAGCGGCAGUCCGGCAUGAAAGCUUAUGGAUCGACGUGAUCAAGGAGGAAGAUGCAGAGCCAUUGAAGCGGGAAACCGAACUCAAGGCGCUAGAUGAAUCAAAGCCAGGCUCAGAGCCUCCUCCUACUCUGACUCAGAUGUUCGGUUUGGAGACGAUCAUUACGGCCGACGAUGACGCCACGUCCAUCACGGGUCUUGCUGCGUAUUUCUCUUAUCUCAUGCAGACACUCCGCAAAAUCACCAUUAAAGGGCUCGGCGGAAAGACAUUGCAGGCACUGUUACUCCUGAGGCGCCCCGACCUAGGUGACCUGAAGCUUUCCAGUGCCAACGUCAACGUGCUCAUCCCCUACAUUGACCUGGUGAAUGAGAUUCUCGAAGCGAUCGUUGAGGCGGACUUCAAGUCUGAAGAGAAGCUCUCGCCCCCGUUCAACAUGGGCGGUGGCGACACCAGCGAGAGCAACGCCGCAGAGCCGAAAUACACAAACUACGCCGUGUAUCGCGACAUUGUUCAGCCAAUUGUUGCGCCGCUCGCAAUUUUCCCCUACAACCAAGCGGAUCACAGUGUAAGGGUCUACCUCGAAGCUCUGGGUGUCCCUCGGAAGAGACUUUUGGCAGCUUUUAGGGCUCCUCACCGCUUGGAUACUCUUCGGGGUGGUUUGGAGUCAGUUGAGGUGGUGCUGGAUCGGUUCUACGCCGCAGAGGUCCUUGGAAUGCAAGAGGAGGAUCAAGUAGCGAUUCACGGAUCGGGAACCUAUCCACAGGAGGUCAUGGCUGAUCUUGAUGAAGCCACAUACCACGCGGCAAUCGGCAAGAAGCCAACAGCGGCAUACUGGGGUUAUGAUUCAGCACAACAGAUGCUGGACCCCGAAAAUGGUCUCGGACUUGUGAAGAAAGAGUUUCUCGCGCGCGCUGCAAUCUCUUUUGCCGAACUCUUAACAAUGCUCAAAGAAUAUCGUCUUCCCGCAAAGAUCGUCAUUGUGGCUGGGCGUGAAGAGGGCAAUCACAACGGUGACAUCGCAGGAAUGCGCCUUCGCCUACUGGACUAUUCAACCGGGGAGACAAAGAGUCUUGAUGAGGCCGCAUGCCAACAGCUACAGGCUUGCAUCAGGUUGUAUAAGAAGAUGGAGGGUUGGUCCGUCUCGGAAGUCAGCUUACUGACUGAAACUCUCCGGUUGGUUCCCCGUCCAAGCCUUGAUGGCGCCCCCUUUGUCGAGCUGGCUGCAGUGAAAGAGCUAUCCGAGCUCACCAAGCUCUCUCCGAUGCAGCUACAGCCACUAUGGGGUGAUAUGAACUACAGUGGUCCGGACUCUCUUUACCACAAGCUCUUUGUCAGACGUAACACCCACCACCACGAGACUUUUAUGCCAGAUGAAGAUGGUGAAGUUCUCCAGGGACACAUCAAUAUCAAUGAGUACCUGCAGACAGUUCUCGCGGGUCUAGGGCUCACACACAAGGACUACAUGGCUCUCAAGGGUGAUGCCAUGGAGGAAUUAAGCCUGGGCACAAUUUCAGAGUUGUAUCGCAUCGCAACAUUAUCAAAGGCUAUUGGAAUCUCUGCAAGUGACUACAAUCAUCUCCUGAAACUCUACAAAAUGGACACCCCAUUUAAGACACCUCGGACUACCCUUGCCAUUGUGAGAGACUUUCUGCCUAUCAAGGGGCGAAAACCGGAUCUUGACUUCCACAAGAAACUAUUUGUGAGCCUGGGCGUACCUGAUGCAUCUGAUGAAGAAUGCAACCCCAGCACAGGGAAAAGCCUGCAGAUUGUAUCCACUCUCACCCGUGCGUUGGGAGGAAACGAGGAAAAUGACCGCGAGGAGGUGAAGUCAUCAGCUGCCUCCAAGAGGCAUAUUGUACUCGGAUGCCUGCGCUCUUUCUUCCCAGGAAUAGACAUUACCACACUGGAGUACCUGCUGAAGGAGAUGAUUCACAUUAGUAGUGGCUCAUCCGACGUGUCCGCUAUGAGCCGAUUGCUGCUUCUGGGUCAAGACGGGCCCCAGCACCACCUUCAGGUAGGAGACAGCGCUCGAUUGCCUACGCAUGAGUACGAGGGCUACUUGGUCCCCUCCGUCACAACAACCUAUAGUGUCAUCGCGCCUUCGCUAGCCGAGAAGACAGUGUUUCUUGAUGAGACGGCCCUCGCACUUGAUAGCAAUGGAGCCUGCACGACCCACUGCCUUACGCAUGGCCGAGUGUACAAGCUUUGCUCUCCUGGCCCCGUCACGCUGGUUAGGCCGACAUCAAGGGACGGAACCUCCGUGAACUCGGAAGAUAUGAGAGAAGAAGCAGAGCUGCUGAUUAGCAGCCGAGACGUGGAAGACACCAUGAUGAUCCUUUCGAAAUUGAUGCGAGUUGCCGUUGUAAUACGCCAAUAUAAGCUCGAGGUUGCGGAUAUCGAGCUGUUCAAUCGAGCUAAGUCAUCCAUGGGGAUCGAUCUUGAGGUGUUAGACAAGGCUACCGUGGACAACCUUCAGCAGUACCAGUCCCUACGAAACGCCUUCUCCGGCCUCAAAACCGCCGUCUCGUCGCUGCCAACAUUUUACUUGAAUCUCUCAUCCACCGCGUCUACCGGGCGUGACAAGCUGGGCUCCAUGCUUGCUGAUGUAACCGGGUGGCCCGCUCACCUCUGUGCUGAGUAUAUCAAGGAGAAAUAUCCCCAUGUGAACGAUCACGACCUGGUUGCCAGGUUUCUCAAGGUCAGUGCUCUCACAGAAUUGCGAGAAGCGAUCGCCGUGCACAAGAAAUUAGAUCCCAUCGGGGUAUCGCUGUCUCAUCUCUUUGCCCUGGCACAACCUAUCGCUCCAGAGCGGAUAAAGGGUGAGAGGAACAUGAAAACGCCUCCGGCAGUGGUCAAGGCAUUUGAGCACGCCGCCAUACUACGCACUGGCAUUCAAGGCAGUCCGAGCUACAGUAAGAACAUGAAAGCGGCCAAUAACGAGCUCCGCGAUGCCCAGCGAUCGGUCGUGGUAAACUGCCUCCUCUCGCGCGGCUACGCCAAGAAGAACAACAUCAGGGACGCAGAAGACCUGUUCAGCCACCUUCUCAUCGACGUUCAGAUGGGCCCGAGUCUCCAGACCUCCCGCCUGCUUCAGGCUGUCUCGACCGUCCAGUUCUUCAUCCAGCGAUGUCUCCUCAACGCCGAGAAACACAACGGGAUCAGAAGCACCGACCUCAUCCAAAGUAAAUCUGGCGUAGACUGGGAUUCGGCCUGCCGGUACAGGCUGUGGGAGGCGGAGAGAAAGACGCUGCUUCAUCCCGAGAACUGGAUCGACCCGACUCUCCGCGACGACAAGACAGAGCAGUUCCGAGCCCUUGAAACAGCCAUGUCUCAAAAGAAAAUCGAUGAAGAGUCCAUCGAGGAGCUCAUCCACCAAUACGUCCGUGAUGUUGAUAGCGUUAGCAACCUGCAGGUUGAAGCAUACCAUUGGGUGUGGCUAGACGACAAUGACACAAGCAGAGAUUAUUAUUGGUCUAACUUUAGCCAAGGAGACUUCCACAUCUUUGGGCGCACUCGGACAUCACCGGUAACACGGUACUACUGCAAGAUGCGGCAAAGGGCGGUAGGCGAGAAGGAAUAUCUCUGCUACUGGACGCCUUGGGCCAAGUUCCCCAUCGAUGCCCCCCUCUACGAGAAUGAUCCAUCUGGGAACAAGAAAAGGGGUGAAGAGUUCCAAGGAGCCGGUUCCUACAUUGUUCCGGUAGUCCAUAAAGAUCAACUCAAAGUGCUACUACCCGAGUUCACGCUGAUGCAGACAAACGCCAACGAAUUCAGCGUUGGUGAGAAGUCUACGCCUGACGAGAUGAUGAAAAAAAAGGUCUCGCUGGGACCGAAGCGGAACUGGGACAUACGCAUAGGGCUGACGGAGCGGUCCAAGGGGGCCUGGUCUACCAAGCGUGUGCAUCCGACCCCCCUUCGCGUGCCAGAAGGUGAAGAUUUCGGGACGAAGGACUGCAUUACUCGGGUGAAUCAUCUACCUUCUCUCGACCAGUUCCGAUUCCAGGUUCUAGAUAAUACAGAAUCCUUGACUUACGAUGUCGAAUGCUACGGGUCGGGAGCCACUAAAUACUGGAAAGGUCUCUGCAACGGGAUCGUCGGCAGAUUCAGGCUUGACGAGCAGAGCAUACACGAGACUGGUGAUCUUUCUUCCUCCGACAAUCCCUUGUUUGCCGGCCCCUCACACUUUGGGAGAUUUCUUGAGACGGAAGAUGUAGAUCUUGAAGUCGGGGAAAGGAACAAGCCAACCUUAUGUCCCAGCAAGAUUGAAAAUGACCGGGGUCAGGAGAUGACCGACUUGAGGCGGACUGCUUUCCUAAGAGACUACGACUGCCGCAGGAGGGGCGAGUUCCGCAAUACUGGCCUCGUGAUGGAGGCUAGACAUAAAGGCAAAGAAAUUGGCCUGUUGGGCAUUCCCCGUCUUUGCCAUGACGAGAAGAAAUGGGGGAAAUUGACGGCGGGUGGCUGGGAGUCGGUUCUUUUGACCAACACGCGAAUGCCAGCACUGGCCCUGGCCUUGGCUAAGAACAGAAGCAUCAGCACGGUGUCGCAAUGGCUGGGAAAUCUGGAAUCGACAUACUGGUAUGGUACGGAUAUUUUGGGCUGGUCGAAUGCUUCCAAGCGCCAUCACGAAAGAGCGAAGCCCUUCUCCCUCUAUACUUGGGAGCUCGCCGUGCACAUACCGAGCCUGAUUAUGGAGCGUCUCAUAGCCACUCAACAGUAUGAGCUUGCCAUACGCCUGGUUCGGGCCCUUGUUUUUGACCCGAGCCUCUCGGACCAGUCCUCCAAGUGCUGGCGAUUCCCGGCCCUGCGCAGUAUCAUCAAGUCGCGGAGUGAUGAGGCGUCGGAUCCGUCCUGGAAGAAGAAAAUGGACGAGGCAGAGUGGCGGGAGAGCCGGAAGAAUGUCCACGCAGCAGCACGCACCAAUGUCGCGGUAUACAUGAAACGAAUCAUCAUCAAGUACAUCGAGGCCCUCAUUGCGCACGGGGAUCAAUACUUUUGCCAAGCGACUCUCGAGACCCUGCCCAUGGCCAUCCAAAGAUACACGGAGGCCCUCCAUCUCUUUGGACCGGCACCGGUGGCAACAAGUCGGCUUGGGGAGCCCGCGCCCAAGUCGUACAAUGAGCUCAUCAGCGGCGACAGCCUGUUUGAGAACCCCGAGGUCAAUCUAGAGCUGGACUUCCCCUUCUACACAGCGCCGGGCUCGUCAGGCCAGAAGUCGAUGAAGGGCCGCAAGCCUGUUGGGAUCAUGCGCACGCGCUACUUUUGCAUCCCGGGCAAUCCCAGGGUGCUAGAGCUGCGGGCCAAGAUUGACCAGCGACUGUAUAACAUCCGACAUGGCCUCGACAUCAACGGCGACCCUCUCGCCAUGCAGAUGCUGGAGCCACCGCUGGAUCCUGCCGCGGUGGCCGGGGGCAGCGCUUCAGAAGGCAAGGGACUAGCCGGUCUACUCACGGAUAUUCGCGGCCCGAUGCCAAAGUAUCGAUUCGCCUACCUCCUCCAACGAGCCUACGACAUAGUCGGUGAGCUCCGUGCUACGGGCCAGCAGCUCCUGGCCAUCAAGGAGAAGCGAGACACCGAGGCGCUUUCCCUCCUGCGGUCCAAGCACCACGGUGCCAUCCUGGAGCUCACGACCAACGUCAAGGAGUACCAGAAAAGAGAGAUCGGCAAGUCCAUGGACUCGCUGCGAGAGCUCCGCAAGCAGCAGCAGAUGCGGCUCGAGUACUACGUGCAGCUCACGGGAGACUCCACGGUGAAACCGCCGGCGGAGGGGGAAAGCUGGACAGACAUCAGACAGGACACGAUCGCGCCGCCCACCAAGAACAACCUGCGCAUGUCGAGCUACGAGGCCGAAGAAAUGCGCUGCGCAGACGAGGCCGCCGCGUGGAACGAGAAGGUGGGUGGCCUGGAGUCCAUGGCUGCGGCCGCUUUUGCUUUCCCCAACAUCACCACCAAGACGCAGCCGAUGGGAUGCGGCAUAGAUAUGCAGCUCGGAGGCCAUACAGUAGGAUCCGUGCUCCAGUCCGUCGCUGCGGCCACCAAGACCAUUGCUCAGCGAAUCUCCGACAAUGGCGCCAAGGCCGGCCGCAGCGCCCUUCUGACCAGGCAGCUCCAGGAUCGCCGUCACGAGGCCAACAUGGCAGGGCGAGAGAUGGUGCGGCUCGACAAGGAGCUGGCCCAGCUCCAGUCCCGCCUGGACUCGCACGACGCAGAGAUAAAGGUUCACCGGCGAGAGAUGGAGAAUCUUGCCGCCGAGGAGGAAUGGCUCCGCAGCAAAUACACGAGCGAGCAGCUGUACGCCACCCUUGACAACUCCAUGGCGACGCUCUUCCACCAGGCCUACGUCCUCGCCACGGACAUGGUAGCGAAGACGAAGCAAGCCCUCGAGUUUGAGCAUCUAGGCCGCUAUGGGAGCCGACAACCUCCGCGGGGCUCGGGAUCCGCCAAGGACUGGGAGCAUGCCAAAGAUGCCCAGUUGGCGGGCGAUGCGCUCUACCUGAAUCUGAAGCGUAUGGAGAUGGCCCAUCUGGAGAACAGAGCCCACGACUUUGAGAUUACGAAGCCGGUAUCCCUGUGGCAGCUCGAUCCCGUGGCCAUGCUGACGCUGCGCAAGACUGGCUCCGCCACGUUUGACAUUCCCGAGUCCCUGCUUGACAUGGACUAUCCGGGGCACUACUGUCGUCGCAUCUCCUCUGUAGCCGUAUCCGUCCCAUGCAUCCUCGGCGCCUAUGCAUCUCUGAGCUGCACGGUGCGGCUCGUCAAACAUUGGUAUCGACUCUCCCCCACCCCUCCAGCGUCAUACGAGCAGCCCAGGGACCAAUUUCGAUCCGAUACCGUGCCCAUCGACGCCAUAGCCGUGAGCAGCGGACUCCAGGACGCCGGAGCGUUCAGUCUCGACUUUCAGACGGCGGAGAAGUACAACCCCUUUGAGGGCGCUGGGGCCGUGUCCACGUGGGAAGUUCGAUUCCCUUCGGACUUUGCGUCAUUUGACUACCAGACCAUCACAGACCUAGUGCUGCACCUGAGAUACACGUCCCUGAGAGGCGAUGGUGCCCUGGCCAAGGCGGCAACCGAGGCCGUGCUAAAGAAGGUGGGCAGCGACAGGGCCCAAUGCAUGGCCGUGAAUCUGAGCACCGAUUUCCCCUCGGAAUGGAACCGCUGCACCUCUGCCGGCGGCGGCAAGAUGAAGCUGACGGGCCUGACGAAUCGACUGCCCUACUGGGCACGCCAGGGGGGUCGAAACGUGGAAGUCAACUCGGCCGCCUUGAGCAUACUCCCGGGUGCGCCCGAGUCUGCGAGCCUAGCUGUGGACGAUGGGGAAUCGCAACAGUUGAGCCCCACGACGCUCGGGGGAGGCUUGAAAUGUCUCGGGGUGAAGUGGCAGCAACCUGUUUCUCUACAGGGAACAUGGUCCCUAGAAGUAGACGGAGGCGCCACCUUCUCAGGAGGGUACCUAAUCAUUUACUACAGAGUUGCUUCGUAG